UCUAGUAUUGCAGGAGAUCAUUUAAGCAUUGAGAAGAACAGACACCAGACAACGUUCAGAAAAUUCUCAUCCACAAAGCUCAGUCUUCUUGGUACUUCCAAAGAGGGAAUGAGGUUGUACAUUUCCAGCAGUUUAUGUUCCUAUUCCUGUUUCAGAAAGAGACCGUGACCCCUUCAAAGCCUGCACGGAGGAUCACCACGGAAAUCAGCGGCUCGGGGUGCCGGGGCCGUGGCGAGGCAGACCGUGGGCAAACAGCAUUCCCCUUCCCGGGCAAUCCAGCGGCAGAGACAUGGAAAACUGCGCUCGGAGGGGCAAGCCACAAGCUCCCCGGGCUCUGGGGGCUGGCUGGGGACAGGAUUGAACACCUGACUCUUACAGAAUAAUCCACAAAUUUCACCUCCACAUAUUUCCUCGCUGGGUGCUUUGACGGACACUGAAGAGGCGAGGGUCAUUCACUGAUUGAUUGCGGCAGAAAGCGGACAACGAAAUCCUUUGGAAUACGAACUUCUGGGACAGAUCAAAGCAAGGGAAGUAUGAGUUAUUCUGGAGCUUAACCAAAGCGUUAGCGGUGUGGGAGUGACACCGGGCACCACUGGGAGCCGGAGGGCUCCGGCUGCUCCUGCCGAGGGUGGGGUUCUCCCCCUGGGGCGCUCCGGGAGGGUUCGGCCCCGCCCGGGGAGGUGCCGGCCCGCACUUCCUCAGCCCCGCGGAGGCGGCGGAGCAGCCCGGGACCAUGGCCCAGCGCCGGGAGCCGCGUCCCGCCGCGCCGCUGGACCGGGAGCUGAGGGCGCUGGGGUGGUACCACGACAAUCUCACCCGACAUGCAGCAGAAGCGCUGCUGCUCUCCAAUGGGCAGGAUGGGAGCUAUCUUUUGAGGAAGAGUAAUGAAAGGGAAGAUUUGUACUCCCUCUCUGUAAGGGGAAAAGAUUCUGUGAAACACUUCCAUGUUGAAUAUACAGGAACUUCAUUAAAAUUUGGAUUUAAUGAGUUUUCUUGCUUGAAGGAAUUGGUCAUGCAUUUUGCAAACCAGCCUUUAAUUGGAAGUGAAACAGGAACUUUAAUUGUAUUGAGGCAUCCCUACCCACGGAAAGUGGAAGAACCUUCCAUUUAUGAGUCUGUUCGAGUUCACACUGCAAUGCAGACGGGAAGGACAGAAAGUGACCUUGUCCCAAAUGCUCCCUCACUUGGUACCAAGGAAGGAUAUUUGAUAAAACAAGGCAAAAUAGUCAAGAACUGGAAAACAAGGUGGUUUACACUUCACCGGAAUGAACUUAAGUACUUCAAAGACCAGACAGCUACGGAACCAAUUCGAGCACUUGACUUAACUGAAUGUUCAGCUGUGCAAUUUGACUACUCCCAGGAAAGAGUCAAUUGUUUCUGUUUAGUGUUCCCACUAAGGACAUACUACCUGUGUGCAAAAACUGGGAUUGAAGCUGACGAGUGGAUUAAAAUCCUGCGGUGGAAACUGUCACAAAAUCGGAAGCAGCUGGAGGAGCGCAACGCCACCCUCAGUUCCUAGCUGUGUGCCAGGCCUGCUGCUCCACUGGCAGGAACUGCCUCUCUCCAAGGGGAAGGCACUGCUUACCAGAGGGCAGCCUCAUGUCUCCAGUGCUGUCUGUGCCCCCACAUAGACGUCACCCAGCUCUGCACACACGGGACCCUGCAGCUCUGGGUGCUCUGGGGCUGCUGAGUCACACAUGGGGAUAGCUGCACAACCAGAGUGUGGGUUUGAUGCGUGUGGUGGAUGCCUGCAAUGCACUUAAUUCAAACACCUGCCAGCUAAUCGCGGUCACUGUUCAAAACUUUUGUGGUUAUUCAGAGCACUCAAUAAUUUAUUGCAACUAAGCAUGAGUAUCAUGUUCUGUAACCUUGAACCUUUUAUUUAAAACAGGUCUUUUCUGGAAACAUUAAAUAUCUUUUUAUUACCUGUUUAGGCUUUAAACCAAAAGAAAAAAGACAAUUACAUCUUGUAAAUACUAUCUAUACUGCAAUACAGAGAGUAGUAUUUCAGGGCCCUUUUCAAAGUGACAGUUGUGACAGUUUUAGUCAAAUGAAUUUUUAUAUGGUUUAGCUUUAUACCACAGUGAUGGCUACAAAGGAGUAUCUGUUGCAAACAGCAUCUGUAGGUAAUGGUGAGCAGCAACAUGUAAGCACACUUGUAUACAAACCAGGGUUAUGGGAAACAGCAGCUGCUUCCUGGCACUCAUAGGACACACAUUUAACAGUGUUGUGGCUCACUAGAGAGACAAGAAAUGGAACCCCAUGAUGUUGGUGCUGUACUCAAAAUAGAUGUUACAGUUUGGAAAUGAAGUUUGACACACUGGAGAGGCUCAAGACCAGCUUGACCCAGCUGCAAGAUCCCCUGAGCAAUUCUGAUCACCUGAGCCACCUUGAGGUGAGGGCAAAGAGGGGGAAACCUCUCUCCCUGCAUAACAAUCAAAUUUGUGCUGAAACAGCAUCUGCAAACCUCUUCUGCUAUGCAACACUGCAAUCUGUGUUUGGUCAGACUGUGGUGCUCAUGCAGGUGUUUAAUAAUUGCCUUUACUGGGAGAAGAGUGCAGAAGAUGAAGACAAAAGCACAUUUGGAAGAAGAAAGAAAACCUACAUUUGGACAUAUAAAUAGCAUUUUAUUUCAACUCAGAAAUUCAAAGUAUUUGUAAAUAUUUUUAUACAGACUGUUUUCUGAAUAAAAUGUCAGUAUAAAACUACCACAGGUCUUUUAUAUUUCUGUACUGUAUUGUUAAAGCUUUGUCCUCCUUUUUCCCUUAAUGAAACUUUAACUGGCAUGUCCUAUUUAGUUAAAAACUUUUGCUAAGUUUGUGUGAGAGAGAAGCAGCAUAAGGGGAAGAGAGAGAUUAUAUUCUCCAACAGCAUCACUGUCCUUUGAACAUGGCUUGGAAAUGGAGUUUAUAGGGAAACCACAAACACAGCCUUCCCUUCUUCACAGCAACAGGCUGCUUCACACAACACUGGAAACAAGUUCAGCACAUGGUGUCACAAACUGAAGCCAGUGAAAGAAACGGCGCUUGGGUGGCCUUGGAAGCUCUCACAGACAGGUCGAGCAGAAGCAAACAGCAAGGGGAGGCCUAUGCUGGAACACAAAACACAUUUUGCCAGAAAUACAUGCACAUUCCAGCUGCUUCUGUAAUGACCAACUACAGAAGUCUCAUUCCAGCUUAGCUUAAUGGAAAAGGGUUGACUGACAAACCGUAAUCUCUUUUGAGCCAAGAACUCCCAGCCGUCAUUUCCAGCACUGCUGUUUCCCCCCAUCCUGCCUGAUGCAUGAGGUGUGAACAUGUAUCCCCUUUCCCAGCCCGGGGCACAGACCUGCCCAGAGCUGUCCCCAGACCUGCGGUGCUUGGUAGUUGUAGUAAGGGGACAGGGGAGGAAACAACGGGGUGAGGCUAAGAGCACAGGCUUGAUCCCCAGCAACACGAUCUCUGCGUUGCCCUGGGACUUGGUAUCCUUACUGCCCA